GCGGAACGUUACAUUUACACACCAACGUUCCAAACGAAUACAAAUCCCAGAUGCACAGCCAUUCACGUUGAGGGUCAAAUAUGUUGAGGAUGUUGCUAUAGUGUCAUCAAAAUGUCAAGUUUCUCUAGAUCUGCACAGCAAUGGGCGACCUUCGCUCGCUCAUGGUUCCUAAUUGAUGCCAGGAUGCAACCUCCUGGGAAGAUAGCAUCCAUGUGCUCUGUUAGACUGCAAGGGAAGCACAAACCUAUUUACCAUGCACUCAGUGACUGUGGUGAUCAUGUGGUGGUGAUAAACACCAAACACAUCGCCUUCUCUGGAAAUAAAUGGGAGCAGAAAGUCUACUCAUCCCACACGGGUUAUCCAGGGGGCUUCAAACAAGUCACUGCUGCUCAGCUCCACCAAAAAGACCCGAAAGCUAUAGUGAAGCUAGCGGUGUACGGCAUGCUGCCCAAGAACCUACACCGCCGCACCAUGAUGCAGCGCUUACACCUCUUUCCUGAACACGAGCUGCCUGAAGACAUCCGCGCCAACCUGACCGAGGAGCUGCCUCAGCCCAGAGAAGUUCCCAGGAAGCUCAGCGAGUACACGCAGGAGGAGAUAGACGCCUUCCCCAGGUUAUGGACGCCACCUGAAGACUACAAGAUGCAAUGACAGCAACGCGGCAAAGUUGAAAGCACGGCUACACCCACAUGGACAUCUUUUCACACGGACUGUACUACGUGGGAUGCAUUAUAUUUGGGUUUUUCCACUGUGUUCAAAUCUAAUAAACAGUUGAAUAGACCUUCUUGUUGAGACAUUUUUAACACACAUGUAAAAGCACUAUUAAAAAAAAACACAGUAUAAGACAAACACUGUUUUUUGGAAACAUUUUUUCAAGACAAAAUAAUUAAAAUUGUGAAAUAACUUUGAGACAAACAUUUCUUAUCUGCUCUCUUCAGGUCACUGGUGUGUGUGAGUGGCAGGAAGAAAAACUCAAUUGAUGCCACCUUUUGGUUUUCAUGUACUGUAUAAUUCUCUCGUUGCCAAAUCAUCGUCCCUCUCCACUUAACCCAGGUUGAAUUUCACAGCUUCACUGUAUCAAGGUUUUCAAAAUAUAUUCAUUAAUAAAUCAUCGCUGAUUUGUGGUUGAGUAUUGCUUAUUAGUCAUGAAGUGUACGUGUUUAAAACAAUGUUACAUAUUUUUGACCUAAAUUACGCAGCAUAAGCAUAAAAGCAUAAAAAUGAUUAAAUGAACUAAAAUACAAAUAGUUGUCCCUCGUUUAUGGUGGUUAAUUUGUCUCAGACCUGGUGCAAAGUAGGAUUCAAUAUUAAUAAACAGAAUAUUUUCCUAGUAGAGCUUAGAAAACCUGUUUAUGACUUUCUAAACAUGUUUUUUUUAACAUUAUUAGAGUCCGCUAGCCAUGAAAUAACACCCCCAUAGUCACCUUUACACUCCCAUUAUUGUUGGUUUACACCACAUUGCACAGGUUACGAGAUCACUGCAGGGACAUAAAAGACGGUCGCCACUAGCAUAAUAGCAAGCUGCCGAGCUAACUAGUUAGCCUCUCCAAGUUACUCAUUCCAAACUUAAGAAAGGGUUUCAAACGGAGUGGUGAAGAAGGACAAAGUAAGACGCCAAAAGCUUACCACUUCCACAUGGAAUGAGAGGGGGACUUAUUUUCACUGUCAUGUCUGACUUUCCAUGGCUGACUACAUGCAGUGUGUCUCUUCAGUGUAACCUCACUGGCGCCUAAUGACCAGAAUACGACAUAUAACUUGUUUUUCAUGAUUAUUUUUUGACUAAAAAUAGGCCGUAGUCAGCCACAAAACGGCAAUCAUUUAUUAAUUAAUUUUUGAAAAACUGUGAUGUUGCAAGGGACGACUGUCUUGAUAAAAAAUAAAUGAUCGCUGUUUAGUGGUUGAAUACGGCCUAAUAUUAGACAAAAAAAGCAUAUUCAAGCAAAUUGUAAAUAUUCUUUGCCUAAAUAAAAUAUUUUGAAGCAUAAUAAUGGCCAAAUGAGCAAAAACAUAAAUAUCAUGCAUUCAGAAUACAUGAUAUGUAGUGUAAUAUCUGUGACUUAAUGUGUGCGGGUCCUGGGAAGUGAUGUGUGUGACGUCACCUAGCUAGAGUUGACUGUGUUUAGCAGUGUUGAGUGCGAGUGGCGUUUGAGUUGGGGGCCGACAGCAGCUCCUGUGUUAAUACUCACUGCAUAUGUGUUCUCUGCUUGCUCAUAAAUGAUUGAAGUGCACAAUGAGCCUCUCCUUAACCACAAGCAGCGGCAAUACAGUAGUAUUCUACACUGGUCACUCGGUGUCAGUAACGUUGAUGAGACAAUAGCCACUGCAGGAAGUAUGCAGUCAAUGCUAACGUGUGAGUCUAUGUUAUGACUUAUUUAUGUCUAAGAUGUCAUAUUUUCUAUUAUUAUGUCUACUAUAUUGGGUAAUAAAAGUGUAAAGUGACUAUAGGGGUGUUACUUCAUGUCUUGAGGGCUCUAAUAAUGCUAAAAAAGCAUGUUUAGAAGGUCGUAAACAGGUUUUGUUUCCUCUAACUACCAAAAUAUUCAUUUUACAAAUAAGGAAUCCUAUUUUGUGGAAAUUCACUUAUCGCUGGAGCCGACGGAAUUUACCGCGAUAAACAAGGGAUUGCUGUAUAAGACAUUCAUAAAAAGCAUUGAUAUGUAGUAGUCAUGUUACUGUAAUGACCUGUUGGUGUUGUAAUGUUGAUAAGUUCUGCUUUUCGUGAACGCACCUCGCUGUUCAUUUCAUUGGUGGAUAAAGGAGAAGUGUUGUUGUUGCUGCCACGAGGAGGAGGACGAGACAAGUGUAUGCGCUGAACUGUGUUCUGUGUUGAAAUUGAGUACUCCUAUUGGCGUUAAGGUUGGCAAUAAAACUUAACAAGGACAUCAGACUCUGUGUGACUCUAUAAGAACUCUACAUUCCAUUAGUCACGCAAGAAGUGAAAAAAGAAACAAUGCUAACGUGCAAGUCUAUAUUAUGUAUAUUUUCUGUUAGCCAUAGGGGUGUUAUUUCAUGUUUAGAGGACUCCAAUAAUGUUAAAAAAACAUUUAGAAGGUCAUAAACAGGUUUUCUAUGCUGUAACUACGAAAAUAAUCCAUUUAUUUCAAGAAAUCCUACUUGGCGGAAAUUCACUUAUCACAGUUGGGUCUGGAACCAAUUAACGGCGAGAAAC